AUGGGGGAUACCGCGCCUCGGCAGUCCUCAGGACUAGGUGCAACCUGGAAACAAUUUUCUUGGGUUUUGUUGACAGUGCAGUAUACCACUUUCGCGCUGUUGUUGCACUAUUCGAGGGUGAUGCCGCCGACGGGCGGCAAACGGUAUCUCACGUCCACCGCCGUCUUCUUCAAUGAGGUUGUGAAACUGGGAAUAUGCUUGACCAUGGCACUAUACGAAGUCUCGCGAUCCGCGCCUCCGACUGUCCCCGCAACGUCCCUCCUCUCCUCCCUCGCCUCCGCCGUCUUCUCCGGUGACAGCUGGAAGCUGGUGAUUCCAGCCUGUCUCUACACACUCGCCAAUUCCCUGCAAUAUAUUGCGCUGUCGAAUCUGCAGGCGGCGACCUUCCAGGCGACCUAUCAAUUGAAGAUGAUUGUGUCCGCGAUCUUUGGCCUGCUGUUGCUGAAGAGGUCGGUGUCGCCGCGCAAGUGGGGUUUAUUGCUGCUUUUGCUCGUGGGCGUCUGUCUUGUUCAAGUGCCCGAUGGUAGCUCCGACGUGGUGUCUUUGAGCGAUGAAGCCGCGCAGCAUGCCUUUCCCCGGUCGUUUGAAGAAUGGAAAGCCGCGAAAUCGCACCACGGGGGUCUACAUAAACGCUCUGCGACAUAUGAAGGCAUCGAGGAAGACCUGCAGACGGCCAACCCGCGCAUGAACGGCGCUAUCGGCCUCCUGGCCACCGUCGGGGCCAGUGUCGCAUCCGGCCUGGCAGGUAUCUAUUUCGAGAAGGUGCUGAAAGACAGUGCCAAAAUGACCUCGCUUUGGAUUCGUAACGUGCAACUGGCUGUUUACUCUGUCUUCCCCGCGCUUUUCAUCGGGGUUAUUUUCCUGGACGGCGAGGAAAUUUCGAGCAACGGGGUUUUUGCAGGCUACAACUGGACCGUGUGGUCAGCGAUUGUCGUCCAAGCGGUCGUGGGUAUCACUACUUCGUUCUGCAUCCGUUAUGCCCACAGUGAUAUGCGGAACGUGGCAACCGCCACGAGCAUUAUCUUUACUACGCUGGGGAGUAGCUUGUGUUUUGAUUUGGAGCUUUCUAGUACUUUCCUUGUUGGGACUUUUGGCGUUCUUGUUGCCACCUACCUCUGCGAAGACACAGGUCCUAGCCAUGGCCAGGGCAAGCGCCAGAGCGUUUCUCGUCCACCGCCGCUCGAGAUCGACCGAUACGAGAAAGACGCCAAGAGCGACACGACCUCACCGGCGUCACCGGAGCCGAAAGAAUUCUCCAUCAAGCUCCCCACGACACCGUUCUUGACCGACUCGGGCGUGUCAACGUCUCGGCCUACCUCGCCGGGCUACGCGGGAGUCAGUACCUCGCGCACUGUGAGCAGCGGGAGCUACUUCGACAAGCAUUGA